GCCUAGUUCUCCCUGUGAAAAUCCCUUGCUUUUCGUCCUGGUUUCUUCCAGAGCGUGUGUGUCAGCAGCCAAGGAGGUCAGAGCGCGUGCAAUCUUAAAUAGGAAUUAACCCCUUUCCUGUGUUGCUGUCAGCCUGCUGCUCCUGGCAAGUCCGUAUGGAAGGAGAUGCAGCUCCACUGGAUGAGGUCCUGCAGGCUUUCUGUCGCUUUCACUGUUGGCCUGGAGCCUGCUCUCCAUGCUGCUUCCAUGCUGCUUUUGUUUUCUCUUUUCUUCAUACGUGUGGAAGGGAACCUUUCCCAUCUUUGUUUCGUUUAGUUACACUCCAUCUUUUCGGUCUUCCACUCCUGUCCUUCAGCAAGCCAGGACCAGGUGAAGCAUGAAGGCAUCUUCCAGUGGAAGAAGUUUGGGUGCCGGGCACCACCCCGGCCAUCCUUCUGGUUUGCUGAGGAGUGGACCACGUGGCUAGUAGCCAGCUCGCCAAGCUGCAUCCCACCCCACCGAGCAUCAGGGUGACGUUUUCAGGCGGCUCUCGAAGGGAUCGCGCCAGCAGAGCGGGACAGCGGUUUGUGAAAUACCCACGGUGCAGACAGCGCUGUUCCUGGGGGGCAGCAGCCGCUGGUGCCGAGGAGGAGGAAUUGUCACUCAGUGUGACUUCUCCCAGGGAGCCCCAGCUCCCAUCCUGGCCCCGCUCCCCUCUGCACGUCCCCCUCGCAUCGGCCGGGGCGGUCACCGAGGCCGGCUGAGCGAUCAAUCGCCGCCCAGGAUUUCCAAACCUGCCUUUUAACCCGCUGAGCCGGGCUGCGGAGCAGAGCUCCCCGCCACCAUGAAAACAAUCAUUGCAGCCUGUUCCCAAAAUCUGAGCGGUAAGGAAGAUCCAAAUGUUUGAAUGGUUCCUAACGCUCCGGUGCUGUAGGGGCUCGGGCAAUUAGUGCUUGCUGUCGCCAUUGUCUGUUUGCUUUAAGACUGCUCAGGGGAAAGGGAGGUGUUGGGAGCGAUUUGGGGUUAGCGGCACCAGAGGAAAACAUAAAGUUGCUCAACAGGAUGGGAUUUCUUAAGUUAAUGCUGACCAGGCGUUAGGAAACGCUCCUCCUGUGAGAUGCUGCAAAGUGAUGCCAGUUCUGCUCUCAUCUCCGCGCUGCCCGGAGCCGCAGAGGCCGAGCUCCUCGGGGGAGGCUCCCACCACCCGACUGGGGAGCGGCGUGAGCAUAGCACUGGGCAUCGCCCAUCACUCUGCUGAUGGUUUUCAUUGUGCAGUCUGGAAACCAACGGAGCGAGCGCUCGAGGGGCUGCAAAAAGGGCUAAAAAAAGCAACUUUGGGGUAGGCGCAGAUGGGCUGUGUGUCUUCGCUGGAAAAGUCACUGGGCAUUGGGAAAGCUGAGAGCCGUGGGGCUGGAGGAUUUCUGGGAAUGUAGCAGAGUAGGGAGGGUGUUCGGAAUGGGGACAGCACUGAGGAGGAAGAAUCCUUCUGCUGGGGUGGUUCCAGUACUCUGUUUUUCCCAAUUGCCUGUUCCUGGUUUGGAUUGAGGUGGGAAGAGCUGAGCCUCCCCCCGGGGCUGGUGCUGGUCCUCAAUGGGGACAGCUCCAUCCCCUCUCCCCCUGUGCAUUUUUCUCACUGCGGAUUUCAGGUUGUUUUCACAGGCCCUGCUGCGUCUCAGACCUUUGGCCGGUGGCUCAGGCCCGUUUUAGGGAGGCGGGAUGGGGCUCUGCAUGGAGUUUGGAUCCUGGCACUGUCCGGGGCUGUUAAUGGUUCACCAGAUCCAGCAGAGGGGAGUGGGGCUGGGCUGUCCCUGCGGGGACAAUGCGGACAGCCACCCAUGCCGCUGUCCUUGGCACUGCCGGGGGGCAGACAUCGAGCAUCCCCAGCCCAUCCAUCCCAUGUCCCAGCAUCAGCCAACCAGGGCCAUUCCUAGCACAGUGGUGGCUCUGUGGAUGGGAACGCUGAGCUCACCGUGCCCGUGUCCUUGCAGGCAGCCGUGCCAGCCUCCAUGCCGCCCUGCGCACGCUGCUGGCCGUGCCCUGGCCCUCGCAGCGGGAUGUCCGUGCCUGGCUGCAGCUCCUCGCCGUGCUCCAGCCCCGUCACCCUGGUGCUGCUCAUCUACCUGGUGUUCACCCGCUUCUGGCCCAUCUCUGCUCUCUACCUGGCCUGGGUCAUCUUUGACUGGGACACACCGGAGAAAGCUGGUGAAGACGCAUGACCUGUCCCCUGGCCACAACUACAUCAUUGGUUCCCACCCCCACGGGAUCCUCUGCGUCGGCGCCUUCUGCAACUUCAUCACCGGCUCCACCGGCUUCUCCGAGCUGUUCCCGGGCAUCCAGCCCUUCCUCACCACACUGGCUGGGAACUUCCGCCUUCCCCUCUUCAGGGAGUACCUCAUGAGUGGGGGCCUGUGCCCGGUGACGCGCCGUGCCAUCAGCUACCUGCUCUCCAAGAACGGCACUGGCAAUGCCGUGGCCAUCGUCAUCGGUGGCGCGGCCGAGUCUCUCUCCUGCAGCCCCGGCGUCACCACGCUCAUCCUGAAGAACCGCAAGGGCUUCGUCCGCAUGGCCCUGCAGCACGGCGCCUUCCUUGUGCCCUCCUUCUCCUUUGGGGAGAACGAGCUGUUCCGCCAGGUGGUGUUUGAGGAGGGCAGCUGGAUGCGGGCCGUGCAGCAGCGCUUCCAGAAGAUGAUGGGUUUUGCUCCUUGCGUCUUCUACGGCCGCGGCCUCACCUCGGUGCACUCGCGGGGCUUCCUGCCCUACGCCCGGCCCAUCACCACCGUGGUGGGGGAGCCGGUGAUGGUGCCCAAGAUCGAGGAGCCGAGCAGCGAGGUGGUGGACCUGUACCAUGGCAUGUAUGUGCGCUCCCUGCUCAAGCUCUUCAACGACAACAAGACCAAGUACGGGCUGUCAGAGGGGGACAAGCUGUGCAUCGUGUGAGUGAUGCAGGCAUGGGGACAUGUGGCUGACGAGGCCUCGCUGCUCCCCCUCCUCCUCUUCCUCCCGUGGCACCCAGAGGCUGACGGAGGCCCUGGAGGUGCCACCGCAGGGACUGCAGUGAUGGGCACAGUCCCAUACGGUGACCAUGAGCAGAGGGAGGGCAUGGGGUGUCAUGAGGAAGAGGAGGGAGGUCACAGGGUUGCAUCCCUGUGGUGAGCAGGGCUGGGCUGGGGAGGUGUUCCCCCUUGGAGCAGGGGGAGCGACACUCAGGCACGGGGACUGGUGACAGUGGCCUCGAUGUGGUUGUUGGGUGAUAUUUCUCAUACAAAUUUC